AUGGCCUCACCCUCAUCCUCGAAAUGGCUUCUCUCCCUCCUCCUCUCCUCCUUCACCUGCCCCUCUCUCGCAGCCUCAAAAUCGACCUCGACAACAACAGAUCCAACCUGCUACUCCUUCAACGGCACCCCCAACUCUGACUACCAACUAUGUCCCCAGACCGACGCAAAAGGCAUGUGCUGUUUAACCGGCACCAAAGACCAGCCCGCCGAUGUAUGUCUUCAGAAUGGCCUGUGUCAAACCGUCGCCGAGUCCCAGAUCAAGGGCCAGACGGUGCGGAACUAUAGUUAUUGGCGCGGGUACUGUACGAGUCGCGAUUGGGAGGGAGGUGGGUGUUUGGGGGUUUGUCUUGAUGGGUCGAUCUACAUCUAUAUCUACAUCGACUACUGCGUCUACAUCUACACUCAGCUCGACCUCUACAUCAACUUCUACUUCUACCUCUUCAUCAUCAUCGUCUUCAUCCUCAACAAUAUCUACAACAUCAACUUCAGCAACAUCUUUACCAACAACCUCAAACUCAACACCAUCCCCAACACCAGCAGAACAAUCCACCAAAUCCGACCCCUCAACCCCCGUCCCCGGCAUCUCCAACGGCGUCAAAGCCGGCAUCGGCGUGGCCGUCAGCAUCGCCGCCCUAUUCCUCUUCGUCGCUGCGAUGUGGCUUCUGCGUCGCCACCGCACACCAAAGAUCGUGUCCGAGAGCAGGGAGUAUAUCGCGACGCCGGUGCAGAGGGAGUUAGUGGGGACGGGGAGAGGGAGGGGGGUGGGUUAUAG